AAGUCACUUACUGGUCUCCUGCGUGCUCUGAGGACUUUGCUAGGACUUUGGGCAGAGCUGCAGAGGCAAGCCUGAUUCGGAUUUCCCUGACCCGGCCGUCAGCGGAGGAGUGGGACACGACAAGAGUCUUAAAAGAUCUACUGCCUUGAGUGAGGUUUGGACUUGAAGAUUUCCAAUCCUAUAAUUCUAUAUCAGGUGGGAAACAAGCACGUUGCUGAUUGGUUGAAGCCGCCGGUUAAACAGUAUAUAAAGGGUUGUUUUUCCCCAGCCAGGCUGCUGGGUUCACCAUAUAUUAAAGAGCUGUUGUCACUACCCUGGUCUCCAGCCUCGUUACUUCCCGAACUUAACACUGGCGACGAAGGUGGGAUCUCGAGGCUAAGGAGCACCAGAACCGAACCCAGCAAACACAGGGCAGAAAAGCGGAGAUGGCCAGUUACACUCCGCCCGCACCGUUUGACCCGGCUAAAGAGAAAUGGGGAACGUAUAUGACCCGUUUCGAAAGCUUUCUAGAAGCCAACGAACUGCAAGGAGUUCCAGACAACCGCAAAAGGGCAUACUUCUUGAGCCACUGCGGUCCCGAGGUCAUCGACAUCGCGGAAGCCCUGGCAGAGCCAACGCCGUUACAAUCGGUAUCGUGGCAAACGCUGCAAACCCUGCUUAAAAACCAUUUCGCGCCAACGCCGUCCAAAUACGUGCGGCGUUUUGAAUUUGGAGAGCGCCGGCAGCUAGAGGGCGAAUCCAUCGGCGACUACAUGGCCGCCCUGCGGAAAGCCUCCAAAGACUGUGGGUACCGAGACCUGGACGAGGUGCUGCUGGAGCAACUCAUCAGGGGGGUCCGAGACAUGCGUUUGCGGAGGCGACUGCUAUCGAAAAGCAAUCUGACGCUGGCAAACGCCCUGGACGAAGCCCGAGCGCAUGAAAUGUCCACCCAAGCGGCGGAGACACUGCAAAAGCCUCUCACACCAAAGGCGAGCACAAAGUCAACCCCGGUGCAUCAAGAAGAGAUCCAGACCGAAUCCGACGGUGAGGAUGAGGAAGGGGUCUGCCGAACCGAGAAACGCGGCAAAGAGGACCGGGACGAAUGCGGAAGUUGCGGAGGUCAACACCAGCGCCAGCGCUGCAAGUUCAAGGACGCAACAUGUCGGCGGUGCGAGAAGAAGGGGCACCUAGCUCAAGUCUGUCGAGCUCCCCAACCUUCCCGCCGAAAAUUCAAAUCGGCCAAUCAGAGCGCGGGAUCGGCAAGGCGACCCGCGAUUGGCUCAAACAAAAAAGGCGCGGAUUCAAACCAAACGACGGUGGUCAUAGGCCGCGCCUCAACCCGGGUGGAGAAGAAGAUCUUCACCAAACCCAAAAUAGAAGGAGUACGGUGCCGACUCGAAGUAGACACUGGGUCAGCGAUCACCAUCAUGUCCUGGGACACUUUGGCGAAGUCACUGCCGUCAGUAGCGAAGCGCCACCUGCAAACACAACGGCUACGAGUCCACGACUACCAAGGGAAUCGCAUCCCUGUUCGAGGGACAACCUCCGUCCGAGUCGAGUACGGACCACACAAGAAGACCCUACCCAUCACGAUCGUCGAAGGGACCCUGCCUAGUUUGUUGGGACUAGACUGGUUUCGUGCACUGGGCAUGGGAGUGACUGGCAUCUACAGAAGUGACUGUAAUCUGAAAGACAUGCUCAUGAACGAGUUCGAAGAUGUCUUCAAGGACUGCCUGGGCAAGUACAAGGGGACCCCUAUUUCCUUCAACUUAGACCCCCAGGUAGCUCCCAUUAGGUUAAAGGCAAGGAGAGUCCCUUUUGCCCUUAAGCCAAAAAUUGACAAGGAGCUAGAUAAGCUUAUAAAUCAGGGGAUUUUGGUGCCAGUCGAUCACGCAAAGUGGGAGACGCCAAUCGUCACCCCAGUAAAAUCAGAUGGGUCAAUUAGAAUCUGCGCUGACUACAAGGCGACGCUAAACAAAGCCUUACAGAAAAGCGCUUACCCAGUUCCCGUGGUGCAACACUUGCUGCACUCUUUGGGGCAAGGGCAAGUCUUUGCAAAGUUAGACUUGGCUCAAGCCUACCAACAACUGCCCGUAGACGCCAACACAGCCGAAGCCCAAACAAUUGUAACUCACAGGGGGGCCUUCAAGUGCACCCGAUUACAAUUUGGGGUGAGUGUGGCACCGGGGCUGUUCCAAAAUUUGAUGGAACGUCUCCUCCAAGGGAUCCCAGGGGUAGUUCCCUACUUCGAUGAUGUACUGAUAUCUGCCGAAAACGUAGAGGAAUUGGGGGAGCGUUUGAGAAAAGUUCUGGGCAUUUUCCGGUCAGCCGGACUAAAGGUUAAAGUGAAUAAAUGCCAGAUAGGGGUAGAAUCCGUCGAAUUCUUGGGCUACCGAAUAGACAAGAAAGGAAUUCACCCCACUGAGAGCAAGGUUAAGGCAAUCAAAAAGGCUCCAGCGCCCAAAAACAAAACAGAGCUUCAGGCAUUCCUAGGGCUAGUGAAUUUUUACGCGGUUUUUUUGAAAAACAAAGCGACAGUUGCUGAACUGCUGCAUAAGCUUCUAGGAAAAAAUACUGCUUGGUCUUGGGGGAAGUCGGAAAGCAAGGCUUUCGAAGCAGUAAAAAACCUGCUUUCGAGCGACAGCCUGCUCAUCCAGUACCAUAGCUCAUUACCACUAGUGCUGGUUUGCGAUGCCUCCCCUUACGGGGUGGGAGCUGUACUCAGCCAUAGACUGCCAAACGGCACAGAAGCCCCUAUAGCCUUCUACUCCAGAACGAUGUCCUCCCCAGAGAGGAACUAUAGCCAGUUAGAUAAAGAAGCGCUAGCAAUUGUGUCAGGGGUGAAAAAAUUUCACGAAUAUGUUUUUGGGCGAGACUUUGAAAUUGUGACUGACCACAGACCGCUGUUAGGAAUACUGUGGGAUUUGGCCGCUAAGGAAAACGAGGAAAUUCCGAUGGAAGGGCUGAGAUUUGCUGCAAAAAAACCCAAAACCCUCGAAGCCGACCCGACCCGACCCAGCCCAGCCCAUCCCCGGCUGCUCCGCCCGCGCUUCCUCCUCCCCAGCCGGCUGGGCGAGGCCUGCGGUCAGCUGUUGAGGCAGGAAGAUGUUUUAGGGUACCGGGGCUUUGGAUCAUCUUUAGCUGAACCCACCUUCAUCUUCACCCUGGGAGAGCCUCUGUCCUACUUUGCAGGGGUGUCGCUGAGAAAAUGA